CCUCUGGUAGCAAACUAAAAACCCAAACCCUUAUCUCCAAUCCUCUUUUUCGCCCUAAUGAACCCCAAUCUUCCAUUGUUGUUCAAUCUGAUACCAUAGAGGAGAUGGAAACAGACGAAGGAAUUGAUGGACAUGAAGACGGACAAGAUCUCACCUCGUUGGAACUCAAUAAUGUUGUUAUACAGCAUGCCUGCUGUUCAAACUCAACCAGUGAUUCCAGCUGCGCCUAUUCAGGCCCCGAACAAUAAUGGACUGCCUGAUAUGUGUAGUAUACUUCACUGUGAUGCAAGUUUUGACAAAGACACAAAUGAAGCUGGAUCUGGGCUUGUUUUAAAUGAUAUGACUGGGACCUUCAAAGGAUGCAAGCUCAUCAAAGGAGUAGCAAGAACGGCGGAAGAAGCGGGAUGCAUUGCCAUACUUGAAGGGAUAAAAUGGAUGGAAGACAAAGGCAUAAGCAGUUUCUGCAUUCGCAGUGAUGCAAAAAAUGCAAUCACUUAAUUGAUUAAUAAUAAUAACCAACUGUGUUGGUUUAGUAAAACUAUAUUAGAUGACUGUCAAUUUCUUUUGAACAAUUUUUCAUUCUCAAGGCUAGAUUAUGUUAACAGGAAAUUUAUUUCUUCAGCUGAUAAAGCAGCAAAGUACUGUAAAAGAUAUAAUGUAAUAGGUGAAUGGCUAGGUGAUAAACCUUCCUUUCU